UUCUCACAGGUGACAAGUAACAAAGAAAGCUUGUGUUUACCAAUUUACCAUUUUGAAAGUAGUAGUGUUACUAUUUGAUUGGUGAAGCAAAAAUGUCGCUUAAUAUUUUGAGCGGCCACAAGAUCAAAGGCACGGUGGUGCUGGUGCAAAAGAAUGUGCCUGGCGGAGCCACCGAUGUACCUCACACUUCCUUCUUAGGCCAAUCUGUCUCCUUCCGGUUGAUUAGUGCUACCAAAGCUGAUAAUUCAACCGGGAAAGGAAUAGUAGGAAAUGCAGCAUAUUUAGAUGGUGUUAUCAACAAUUUGCCAACCUUGGCACCUGGCCAAUCUGCCUUCAACAUCUAUUUUGAUCAUGACAGUAACUUCGGAAUCCCUGGAGCAUUUUAUAUCAACAACUUUAUCACAACUGAGUUCUACCUUGUGAGCUUGACUCUUGAAGGUGUUCCACACCAAGGAAGCCUCCACUUCCAUUGCAACUCAUGGAUUUAUAAUGCAAACAAGUAUCAAACUGAUCGCAUUUUCUUUGUUAACAAUACAUAUCGACCAGGUAAAACACCAGCUCCACUAGUGUACUACAGAGAAGAAGAAUUGAAGACUUUAAGAGGAGAUGGAACAGGGGAGCGCCAGGAAUGGGAAAGGAUCUAUGACUAUGAUUUCUACAAUGAUUUGGCCGAUCCCGACACAAAUGACAGUUUGGCUCGUCCAGUUCUUGGAGGAUCUACCACUUACCCUUAUCCUCGUAGGGGAAGAACCGGCAGACCACCAACAAAAAAAGAUCCUAACACUGAGAGCAGGAGCCCUAUCUUUUAUAUUCCAAGAGAUGAACUACUUGGUUUCGUGCAAUCGCCUGACUUUUUCGCCUAUGGACUCAAGUCUAUAUCCGAAGUGGAACUUCCCGCGUUAGAAUCUGCAUUCGCAAGAAAUUUAUCGCCACAUGAGUUUCAUAGCUUUGAAGACGUGCAUGAUCUCUUUGAAGAAGGAAUUAAGCUUCCUUUAGAUGUAAUUAGUCAAAUUAGUCAUGAACCAGUGUUGGAGAAACUCGUCACAACUGAUGGUCAGCAGAUGAAGUUUCCAAAGCCUAAAGUGAUUCAAGUGAACAAGUCUGCAUGGAUGACUGAUGAAGAAUUUGCAAGAGAGAUCAUUGCUGGUGUAAAUCCAGCCUUAAUUCGCUGUCUUCAUCGACCAGAGCAGUUUCCUCCAAAAAGUAACCUUGACAGUGGAUCCUAUGGUGAUCAUACUAGCACAAUAACCAAAGAACACAUAGAGCCUAACUUAGACGGGCUCACAGUAGAAGAGGCUAUUGAGAAAAAGAAAUUGUUCCUACUGGAUGACCAUGAUGCAAUAAUGCCAUAUUUAAGGAAAAUAAACUCCACAAGCUCAAAGGCGUACGCUACGAGAACCAUCCUUUUCUUGAAGGAUGAUGGAACUUUGAGGCCACUAGCCAUUGAGUUAAGUUUGCCAAAUCCUCGAGGAGAUCAUUUUGGUGCUGUUAGCAAUGUCUACCUGCCUGCAACAGAAGGUGUUCAAAGUUACAUUUGGCUACUAGCCAGAGCCUAUGCGGUCGUAAACGAUUCGAACUAUCAUCAGCUAAUCAGCCACUGGUUGAAUACUCAUGCAGCUGUUGAGCCAUUUCUGAUAGCAACCAACAGGCAGCUCAGUGUGCUUCAUCCUAUUUACAAACUUCUAGUUCCUCACUAUCGUAAUACCAUGAAUAUCAAUGCCAAUGCACGAAUAAGGCUGAUCAGUGCAAAUGGCAUUAUAGAACAGACAUUCUUGGCAGGAGAGUAUGCUAUGGAAUUGUCUUCUGCUAUUUAUAAGAACUGGGUUUUUACAGAGCAAGCUCUACCUUCUGAUCUCAUCAAGAGAGGAAUGGCUGUUGAGGAUGAAAAUUCCCCUCAUGGCAUUCGCCUUGUGUUAGAGGACUACCCUUAUGCAGCUGAUGGACUUGAAAUUUGGGGUGCUAUUAGUACAUGGGUCCAAGACUAUGUUACCUUAUACUACGUCUCAGAUGAUGCAGUUAAGGAAGACUCUGAACUCCAGUCUUGGUGGAAAGAAGUUGUGGAGGUGGGUCAUGGUGACAAGAAAGGUGAGCCAUGGUGGCCUAAAAUGCAAACUCGCAAAGACUUGAUUCAAACUUGCACCAUUGUCAUAUGGACUGCUUCAGCACUUCAUGCAUCUGUUAAUUUUGGACAAUAUCCAUAUGGAGGUAUCAUCUUGAAUCGCCCUACUAUUAGCAGGCGAUUCAUGCCCGAGGAAGGAACUGAAGAGUAUGAGGAGCUGAAAAAUGACCCUGAGAAGGCUUACUUGAGAACAAUUACACAAAAGCCUCACACUCUUAUUAAUAUUUCAACUAUAGAACUUUUGUCAACCCAUGUUUCUGAUGAGUUCUACCUUGGACAAAGAGAUGGGGCUGAGCAUUGGACUUCUGAUACAAUCGCUCUACAAGCCUUUAACAAGUUUGGGAAAAGGCUAGCAGAAAUUGAGGAACAGCUCAUAAAGAAGAAUAAGGAUGUGAAUUUGAAAAAUAGGUAUGGACCAGUUAGUAUGCCUUACACUUUGCUCUAUCCAACAACUGAGCCAGGAAUGACUUUCAGGGGAAUCCCCAACAGUGUCUCUAUCUAAAACUACAAGCAGUGCUGGUUUGUGAAGUAUUGCAGCUUUGAAUAAAUCAUCCAAGACAAGGAAUCUCAAUCCCUUUAUGUUCUUGUAUGAGUGUGUUUGUUAACCACUGUUUUCAAUUCAUGUUAAAAACAAGUGUAUUAAUGCACAUUGUAACAUGUGUCAUCAUGUUUGGAUAUUUUUCCAUUAAGUAAAAGUGUGUUGACUGUUAAA